UGAGCAGUCUGCCCCGGUCAGUUUCUCUUGCGGGCGGAACCAUUAUCGCGCUUCAAUCCGGUUUGGGGAUGGAUUUGUUUAUAGGAAUGUAGAGCUGGUUUCGGUUAAGGGCUGCCGUGGGAAUUAACGGUCUGCUUAUCAUCCAGUGAAUUGCUGCUUUUAGCCAAUGAACAAGAUGAUUAUGACACAUGAGCUAGAACUCUUUCCCGGAUGCACUGUAACACUUCUGUUGUUUAAAGAUGUUAAAAAUGCUGCUGAACUUCGAAAGAAAGCUGUGGCGGGAGCCAUAGAUGGAGCAUUAAUAAGUGCAUCAAUGGUAGUGGAUCCAUUUCAGAUCCUUGUAGCAGCUAACAAAGCUGUUCAUUUACACAAGCUGGCCAAAAUGAAGACAAGAGGCCUUUACUCUGAAAUCAUAUUUAAUCUCUCACCAACAAAUAAUAUCUCAGAUGCCUUCAGAAAGUUUGGGAUAUCAGAUAGUGACUCUGCUGUUCUUGUUGUUCUGGUGGAUGAUGGAAAGAGAGAAUCUAAUUUAGAAGAUAUCAUAAGGCAAGUGGAAGGGCAACAAAUCUGUGUCCAGGAUAUCUCAACAGUAGCAGAUGUGGCCAAAAUUAAAAAGUUUUACAAAGUGUCUCCUCCUGAGGAAAAAGUUGGCAACUUACUGGAUGCAAUCAUUUGUCGAAUGUCAGUGAAAGAUAUUCUUUAACAGAAGAAACCAAUGGAUUCUUAAGGGAUCUUUUUUUCUGAACUAAAAGUGGCUGUUUACAAACCGUAAAUAGUAUUUCUGCUUUUAUGUGUAUCGGAACUCAAAAUCAGCCAGCUGCAACCAGUUUUGCAAAGCACCUGUAAAAAGUUCAAGCCUGUAUGGAAAAUUAGUUUCAGGAAAAGAAUCCUGUAAGUUCAUGAGUUUUAUUUUAAGAAAGAGCUCAGAGCACUGUGAAUGUAGCGUGUACAAUCUACAGGAUGUAUUACAGCUUCAACAAAACCAGUUGUCAUUACCAAAGAAGAUAAUAUCUGCAAAUGUGUGAGAACACCACUGCCUUCAAGUCAUGCACUACUCUGACUUGGACGUGGAUCCCUGUCCCUUCGCCAUUAGCACCGGGAGUGCAUGGACAGCAUCAUGAAGAAGGCCCACCACCAUUUUCCCUAGUUCAGUUGUGUAUAAACAAUAAAUGCUGACUUUGUCAACAGUCCCCUGUGCAUGAAUAAAAAUCCUGAAACUGUCA